AUGGUGAGUUGUUUUCUGAAGUAUUUGACGUGUUUCUAGAAUACGUGGAACGCAACCUGGUUUGAUUUUUGAAAUUUAUUUUGAAAAAAAUUAUUGAUAAUCACUCAGGCACAGUUUGGCAAUGUUACGUUGACAAUUCAACCUUCGACAUCUUCUAUGCCUUCACAAACAUUGCAACCCAGAAUGCGAUAUAAUCCAGCUGCAGCGGUUAGUUUUGUUUAACAUUUAAAUCGGCUAAUUUUCUUUGUAAAAUGGUCCAGAAAAAUUAUAAUCAAUUCACAAUAAUAUUGAACACAUAAAAUCAAAACUGAAAUAACGUUUAUUUUUCAGUUCCAAAUGGGUAUAACAGAUAUGAUGGGAGAUGGACCAGGUCGAAGACUUCGAAAAAAUGUUGCAAAUGUUCGAAGACAUGUUGAUUAUGUGUCAACAGUUCUAAAUCAUACAGAAGUAGUUUUCCCAUUGCCUUUUCAUUAUUUUAUUUUAUUUUAUUUUAGGCUCGAUUAUGGCAAUAUGGUCGAAAGCAACGUGUACUUCAACAACCAGAUAUUCUAUAUCAAAGUACUGCUCUACCAGUUCAUAGUACUCCAGAUGUUCCAGUUGAUUGUGUGCUAACAAAAUUUAUUCGAACAGCUAUGAAUAAAGUGAAAUGUCCAGUUUAUAGUGUUGCUGUAAGCUAAUGUUUUAGAGUUUAUUGAAAAAUAUACUUUUUUUUAGUGGUCACCAGAAGGUAAAAGAUUGAUCACCGGAACACAAACAGGCGAAUUCACAUUAUGGAAUGGUACUGCAUUCAAUUUCGAAACUAUUCUACAGGUAAUUAAAUGUAUUUUGUAUGAUUAUUCUAAUAAAAUAUUCACAUCUAUUUCUUAUCCAUCGUUAUCUAGCGGUGUGUUUGAUGUGAAUAAAGAUUUUAUAUUUGAAGAAGUUUUGAAAUGCAACAUAAGUAAAUAGUAAGUUGGGAAAACAAUUUGAGACAAGCGUCAAGGUUGAAAAGGUCACUGUAGAAUCUGGUCAAUAAUUUUUCGAAUGAAAAUGUUCGACUUUUUGGGAAAUUCUACUGAUCCGGAUUUGAACAACCGAAAAUUGAGUUUUGAAGUGCUUGAAUAUUAGACCCCCCAAAAAACUUGAAACUCAUACCAAAAUUAAUUGACCUAAAAUUUGAAUUCAUAAUUUGUUUAUUCAAAAUAAAGUAGUUGUAUUGGGGGAAACAGUUGCGAAAUUAUAGGCACAUGAUGCUGCAAUUCGCGCUUUGAAAUGGUCAUCAAAUGAGCAAUGGUUAUUAAGUGCAGAUCAAGAUGGAUAUGUUAAAUAUUGGCAACCAAAUAUGAAUAAUGCACAUAUGUUUGCCGCACAUAAAGAUGAAGCAAUUAGAGGAAUCGCGUUAGUUUGAUUUAUGUUUUGAACAAAAAUUUGAAGAGAAAUCGAUUACUGUAGAGAGUUACAUAUUUGUUUCAAUUGUUUGGGCCAUCAAAAUUUAAACAAAAAAAUCCUGUAUUUUUUCAGAUUCUCCCCAACAGAUAUCAAAUUCGCAACAGCUUCCGACGAUGGAACUGCAAAAAUCUGGGAUUUCGCCAGAUACACAGAAGAUCGUGUACUUCGAGGUCAUGGUUCAGAAGUUCGAGCAAUUGAUUGGCAUCCAACAAAAGGACUUGUUGUAACUGGUUCAAGAGAUACACAACAACCUGUUAAAUUAUGGGAUCCAAAAUCUGGAACUUGUUUGGCAACUUUGUAAGUUAUAAUUUUCUUCUCCCGAUUUCCCUGCCUAAAAAUUUAAUAUAAUUUGCAGACAAGAACAUAAAAGUAGUGUAAUGGCAGUUGAAUUUAAUCAAAAUGGAAAUUGGCUUUUAACUGGUGGAAGAGAUCAUCUUUUGAAAAUGUAUGAUAUUCGAGUUAUGAAAGAAGUUCAUACUUAUCGAGCUCAUAAAAAAGAAGUUAUAUGUAAGAAUUUAUUUUGUUUUUUUCUAUAAAAAAACUUGAAUUUUGUAGCUCUCGCUUGGCAUCCAGUUCAUGAAGGAUUAUUUGUUUCUGGAGGCGGUGAUGGUUCAAUUGUUUAUUGGAUGGUUGAUAGUGAAAAAGAGAUUGGAUUACUUGAACAUGCACAUGAUCAAGCUAUUUGGUCAAUGAAAUGGCAUCCAAUGGGACAUAUUCUUGCAACUGGAUCAAAUGAUAAUAAUACCAAAUUUUGGGCAAGAAAUCGGCCAGGAGAUACUGUAGAGGAUAUUUUUGGAUUAUCAACAACUAUUAGUGUUGGACAUUUGGAUAAAGAAAGAGAACCGAGACAAAUUCAACAGAAAAUUACGAUUGAUGAUACUGAUUUAUAUACAAAAGAUACAUUUAUUCCUGGAAUGGGUUUGGAUGAUGGAUUAUAUGAACAGGUAAAUUAUUAUUGAUAUUAAAAGUGUUGAAGUUAUUAUAAUUAGGAGUUUAUGAAUUCUAUUCUAGAAAUUGCAUUUGAAUUUUAUGAAAAAUGGUCCAACUUACAAUAGGAAAUGUAGGCGACCAAGCCGGAUUAUUUCAGUCAGGUUUAACAACUUCUGAAUUUUUUUAUAGAUCAGCCGUGAUAUUUCUGUUGAUUCGACACUUUUAUUCCCUGAUGAUUUGAAUCGAUCUCAAAAUGGCCCGAUGAUUGGAGCAAAACGAACUUUGAUCAAACAACCGCCAGCCAAAAAAGCGCAAAGACAAUUUGAAAGAAUGUGGAAUAAUUCGAAAGGAAUUGGAGCUGGUUAGUUUUUUUUAUUAGUUUGAGAGAAAAACUAUUGAAAUUUUGGAUGAAAUUCCGACUUUCUGAAUUUUCGGUAGAAUUUAUAUUCUGAAGAAAAAAUCUACAGGUAAUAAUCGUUUUGACAAAUAUUUAUUUUUCGGCAAAAUGAAUUGUGAAAAUUAUUUAAAAAAGAAAAAAAUAGGAAUUCGGACAUGAAUAAGACACUUGAAAAUUUCUGAUCUAAGGUUUUUGAAAUAUAUUUUUAAAAAGUUCGAAUUCUAAAUUUCACGUGGUUUCAUUUCAGGGACUGACGAUUUUAAUACAAUGAUUGGUGGAAUGGGAAGAGAUGAUGGUAUGGCACCAUCCCAGAAUCCAAUUCCAUCAUUUCUUGGUCCUCCAUCAACCGGAGCUUCUCUUCUUGGUCCAAGUCAACCUCGACCUCCACCGCCUUCUUCUUCUUCUCAAUCUCAACAACAACCAUCACCAAAUCAAAAUCCCGAAGAAUUUAAUUCAUGGAGAAAUCCACAAUUUAAUAAUCAAAAAGAUUCGGAUGACCGUCGACCUCCUCUUUCAUCUUCUACUUCCUCACAAAUGGCACCACAUCCUCCAGCGAUUAAAUUCGAUCAGAAUGGUAUGCCAAUAAUUCCACAAGGUUUACCAAGACAUCUUUGGCCAAUGCCACCUGGAAUGCGACCACCUGGCGGUCCGCCAACACAAAACGGGCCUCCUCCACAAAUGGGUAAUGAUAUUGAUUAUCGAUCGGUUCCACCGCCAGCAAAUGCAAAUGGCCAAAAACCGCCGGGAGGAGAUAUUGAUUUGAGAGGAGGUGGAGGUGGAGGUGGAUUAAGAGGACCACCGCCACAACAACAACAACAAUCCCAACAAAAUUGGCGAAUGGAUCCACGUUCAAAUGGUGCACCGCCAAAUCGGCCAUCUUCGCAGCAAUCACAACUUCCGCCACAACAAAUUCCACCAUCGAAUGGUGGACAUCCGCCUGGUUGGAUGCCACAAUUUGAAACUAUUGGUGGACCACUUUCAAUUGGAAGAGGCGGACCAAUUCGACCUGGUCAACAACAUCAGCCUCAACAACAACAACAACAAAGGCCACCAAUGGGAAGAGGAAGGAAUCCACCGUAUUAG